AUGAACCAAACGAGGGAUGACCCUCAUUCUAAAUCCCUAGCGGUGACCUUUUACCGCUACCGGGGACUUGUCAUUCGCUCCCUCAGAGGCGAUAUUAAUCAAGGACAUAAGCGUUCAAGCGAUGUCGUCCUUGCCGGAAUUAUCACGCUUCUACUCAUUGAUGCUCAGCAAGGUGCCUCUCCCCACUGGCGAUACCACAUCGAAGGGCUCCAGAAACUAAUCAUGCUGCGCGGCGGCAUUCGUUCGCUGGCCAGGUCGGCCAGCUUAGCACCACUCCUCCAUUGCUUUGUGUUUAUUGCAGUCAUUGGGGAUACUUCGUCGCCCGCUUCCCACUUGGCAACGAGUACCUUGCGCCUUGAAGAUGAUGACUUCAUACUAGAGAAGUUUGGUAACGGAGUCUUUGACUUCCAGAUGUGUCCCAAGCCCUUGUUCGCCGAGAUUAUCAGAAUCAAUCAUCUUCGUGUGCGAGCCUGGAAACAAGAUCCCGCAGGACUGGAGGAUCUCGCCCAUGAGGCGUACGGAGUCCUCACCCGUAUCAAAGUUUUCUCCUCUGAACAAUGGGCCGAUUCCAAACCGUCAUCAAAAGAGGACUGGAGGAUUGUAGGAAAGUCGUACCAGGCCGCCGUGUCAUUAUACUGCAUCCUGUCGCUGCAGAGCCUGUCGGUUCUGCCUCUGAACCCUCUACUGAUGGGCAGUUGUGUCAGCCAUGGGCGGCUUCUGCAGGACCUGCUCAGUGAGGCCCUGUCAUCCCCAAGAAUAAAAAGAUCCAUACUAUGGCCGUUGGUCGUGCUCGGGGUGCAAGCUGUGUAUGGCGGCGCAGGGAUGCGGGCUUUUGUUCGAGAACACCUGCCGGAGAUGAGCCGCCACAUUGGCUCAUAUGUCCCGCUGACGGCUCAAGCCGUCCUGGAGAAAUUCUGGGCUUCAGGCGAGACGUGUUGGGACGCUUGCUUCGACAAACCGUACUCCGUGGUGACGCAGCUUGCGGUGGACCUCAGCCAAUUGGACUAG